CGUUUACCGUUUUUAAAGGGCAUACCCAUUUCCUUGUGUUUUUAUCCAUCAUAUCUUGGGAGUUCCAAGUUGCAUUUCAUUCUUAUAUCUAGCAUUGCAAGCGCGAGCCGUUCGAGUCUAAAUUGCAUUUGCCUGUUUAAAUUUUUUAUUAAAUCAUUUUCAUUUGUUAUACCGUUUCUCGUCCAUGUGUUGGAGUUGUCCCAUUCAACGGCACCUCGGGCGGCGGUUUGGACUUGCCAACCUGAGGAUUUUGUUUGACCCUUUUCGCCGAACUUUCCCCCCAUCCCACUCAAAUACAUACACUAAUGUGGCAUUACCUCUCACCUCCCAUGCAAUAUACUUCUUUUUUUUACGUGGGCAGAGCAUUUCGCUGCCUGCAUUAUUCGGAAUCUUGGCUGAUGGAGAGAGGUCCCCUCCAAAAAAAAAAGCAGAAAAAAAGACCGAACCCCUAAAAAAAAGACAAAAAAAAGCAAAAGCGCAGGAGAAAGAAAAAAAAUUUACCUUCGACAAGAGCUGGCAAAAAGAAAAGUUGAUACAGCUUCUGUUAUCUUAUGAUUUGGACAGUGAGAAAGUACUUGGACAGGUGGAUAAACUUGAGCGUUUUCGUGUCAGUUUGAACACACAUGCCUCUUUGCUUUCUCUAGAUUUCCUCUUCUUUGUUUCUAUUUGGAACCCUACUUUUUUUCCUACCCUUUUUGUGACUCCCAACAAUCACCCGGGGAGUUUCCUACUUCUGGUGGAUGAGCUGAUAUGAGAUGAGAAUAGUAUACUACUGCGAUAACAAGAUCGGAGUAGAU